UCACAGAACCACAUGAAGUGGUUUCAUUAAAAUGACCCAACAAAUAGAUGAUAUGCAAUACAAAAAAAUAUACAACUCAAACAAAGUUGUUCCAGUUGUUAUUUACAUUUUCGUACGUUAACCCCCCCCCCACACACUUCAUACCACUUUAUGUGUAUUCCUCUACUUCUCAUUGGGAAACAUUGUGCUUCAUGAAUUCGUUUAGUUCCGUUUAGCCAAUGAAAUGUGCAUCCGUGAUAAUAAUCUAAUAACAAUCCAUGGCAUCGAAGUAAUCUAUUCUUCAGAACUUUAUUGUUUGUAUUUUUUUCUGUAAGUUGAGAAGAGCGAAACGUGUUUUUUUUGGGGGGGGGGGCGUGUCACGGGAGAGACGAGAGAGAGAGUUUGUCUCGGGCCACUCCCUCUUUAGAAACCGUUCCAUCAAACUUCUCUCGGUCGAAGGAUUUCACUGUGGGCGCACGGCUGCAAGGAGUGAGAGAGAGAGACCAUGACUGAGGAAACAGCCACGGGACCCACUGAUCGAGGCGUGGGGCCUGACAAGGGGGCCCGCGAAAAGGGGUCUCUGCCCAGGGGGAAGUGGGCCAACAACAAGGAGUUCUUGCUCUCCAUGACCGGGGUGAUCGUUGGCUUCGGAUCCCUGUGUCAUUUUCCUUUUCUGUGCUUCAAGAAUGGAGGAGCGGUCUUCCUCAUCCCUUACUUUGUGAUCCUCAUGUUCUUUGGCCUCCCUCUCUUCUUCCUGGAGACGGCAUUGGGCCAGUACACCAGUGAGGGCGGCGUCACGGCCUGGAGAAAGAUCUGUCCCAUGUUUGAGGGGUUGGGGAUUGCAACGCAGAUGAUUGUGUUUUAUUUGAACACCUACCACGUUGUUUGGUUGGCCUACGCCAUCUUCUACCUGGUCAACUGCUUCAAGAGUCCUCUGCCCUGGACGUCGUGUGACAACUGGUGGAACACGGAUUCGUGCCACAGUCACGUCAGCGCCUUCGCCAACCCCCAUAUGUUUCGCCCCGACUUCAACUGGUCCUUCCUAAAUAACAUCACCUCGUCCGAGUUCUUUGAGAACGACUCGUUCUUUUCCAGCAAUGAAACAGACCAAGACCAAAUGGCUGUGCCGGAAGUGGAGUUCUGGAUGAACCGUGUGUUGAGGAUGUCAGGUGACAUGUCCCUGGGCACCGUGCACUGGGACCUGGCUCUGUGUCUCCUGCUGGCCUGGCUCAUAUGUUACUUCUGCGUAUGGAAGGGGAUCAGGUCCUCCGGGAAGGUGGUCUACUUCACUGCCACAUUCCCCUACCUGCUGCUGCUCCUCCUCUUCUUCCGUGGCGUGACCCUCCCCGGAGCUGCAACAGGCCUGGGGUACUACCUCACACCCGACUUCAGCCGGCUCGCUGACCCAUUUAUGUGGCUGGAUGCAAUGACUAAUGUGAUCUACUCCUACGCGUUGAGCCAUGGAGUCCUGACCGCUCUGGGGAGCUACAACCGAUACAACAACGACUGCUACAGUGCCGUCUCAAGAUGCGGACUCGUCCUGUUCUCUCGCAGGGACUGCCUGGUGCUGUGCGGCCUGAACAGUGCCACCUGCAUCUUCUCCGGUGUCGUCGUGUACUCAGUGCUGGGAUUCCUCGCUGAACAGCAGGGGAUGGCGGUGGGGGAUGUCGCCGCCGCGGGUUCAUCUUUGGCCUUCAUAGCCUUUCCCGUGGUCCUGUCGUUGCUGCCUGCCCCAUCUUUUUGGGCCGUGGUCUUCUUCCUCAUGUUCUUCUUUCUGGGCCUAGACUCUCAGUUUUUGUGCGUGGAGGGCCUGGCCACAGCCAUCACGGACAUGUUCCCACGUCACCUGAGGAGGCCCGGGGCGAGAGAGAUACUGGUCCUGGUCAUGGUCGUGGUUUUCUUCCUACUGGGGCUGCCGCUCGUCACCGAGGGAGGGAUAGUUAUCUUUUAUCUGGUGGACAACUAUGGUGCCAGUCCCAUCGGUCUCCUCUUCAUCGCCUGCUUGGAGUGUGUUAUCAUUGCCUGGGUGUACGGAGCGGACCGUUUCUAUGACAACAUUGAGGACAUGAUCGGGUACCCGCCAUUCCCAGUGCUGAAGUACUGCUGGCUGUUCAUCACGCCGCUCCUCUGUGGGGUCACGUUUCUGUAUAAUCUGUCAGCCAUACACAGUAUUAACGUGUACGGUUAUCAACCUGGAUCCUGGGGCCCCAAGUUCGGUGCUGUACUUAUCGCCGUGCCGCUGAUGUGCAUCCCUCUCUUUGUUUUGGUCUCGCUGUGGCGGAACGCCCAAAACAUGACUACACCGUCCAGCGACCUGCGCCAGGCGCGGCCACACAAGCCUCUGCUCACGUUGUGUAAAUACGUCAUCGUCAAGUCCCAGGGGCCGCCGGCCCGGACCGUGGACGACAGCAACGAGAAGAUGAGGAUGGAGGAACCCAGCGGCGUUUGACGGCCAUUGACGGCACUUGUAGACUCGCAGCAAACGAUGGGGCGUUGGCGGAAUCAAUGAAUUCCCUACUCAUCUGUGACAAGUAAACACACAUUAUUAUCAUUUUUUUACAAAGGUUUACAAAUGUUUACAUAUUUCAUGAGUCAGGGAGAUUUUUGGUUUUGAUUUAUGUUGUUGUUGGUUUUGACAAUACAUUAAUCUGCACCAUUUAAAAAGCUCAUACUAUACAUACAUUACUCCUGCACAUGUAAUCCUACAUAUAAUCGUACCAAUCCACUCAUAUUUGGAGAAAUCUCUCUUUCUGUCUGUCUGACCUUCAAUUUUGUCGAUAACUUUAAUGAUGGGGUGUUGGUGACAUGGUUAAAUGUCUGUCUGACAACCACUUGUCCAAUCAACUCCAAACUUGUCCGGUGUGUUGCUAUGGACCCUCAGUUUUGACUGAAGGUUUUUUGAAGUGUUGCUUGAGCAGUUGAGAAAAUCUAAAUCCACCCAGACACGGAUUUCUCCUCAGCUCCCCUGUAACAUUGUUGGACAUUUUAAAUACAAAAUCGACGAACCAGAACUAAAAAAUAUUGCCUUUUUUUUUAUUCCACCUUUCUCCUUGUCAAAACCUGGCAUCCACAUUACCCACAAUGCAACUCAACGGCCCACACUGUGUUCAGAGAUUUGGUCGUCUGUCAAAGCCCUCAAGAAGAGAUCAGAAGGGGUUUGGUUUGCUCACUACUCUUUAACGCCACUCUCCCAGAUUUUUAUAAUUUUUAAACUUGUUCUGCUUAAAAACACUAAUGAGGUCGUUCAUCUACCACAUUUGAGUCAUUAUAGUUCAUUUUUAAUCAAAUCAAAGCGGACAAAACUACAAAACUACACUCAAAGAAUGCAAAAUGUGUCUGUUUGUGGGGUAUGGGUAUAUGAAUUAUGUUAUUGUGAGUUGUGCACUGAGCAAACGUGUGCAUACUGCACUGCUCAUUUUUUUGUUAUUGAGAAAAAUAUAUCUUUUUUACAUAUAUACAACCAAAUUGUACAGAUUUUUGUUUGAGAAUUUGCAUAAAAAUCCUCAUCUCAAUAUGUCUGUGUGCAGAUGCUGAUAAACUUUAACAAUCUCAUUAAAAAUAUCAGUAUGCUAAA